CUUUUCUUCGUUGGUGCUGUUUGGGUCGACGUCCCUCUACGAAAGACGUCCAUUCAUUAUUUCCAGAAGAAAACGGUCAGAUUAAGCUGUUUUUGUUUAUUUUUUUUUGGAAUAAGUCGAGAUGAUUGAGCCUAUGAAGAGGGCGGCGGACAUGGCGGUGGUUCCUACCGCUGUGAAGCGGCCCAGGACGGAGCUGGUGGCGGCGGCUCAGUCCCAGCAACUCGUGGCCAUGGGUCCCCCACGCAGCUCCAGCCUGCAGGCUCCCAUCAUGCUGAUGUCUGGCCAUGAAGGCGAGGUCUACUGCUGCAAGUUUCACCCCAAUGGAGCCACUCUAGCUUCCUCUGGAUUUGACAGGCUCAUAUUGCUGUGGAACGUGUAUGGAGAAUGUGAAAAUUAUGCGACUCUGAAGGGCCACAGCGGAGCAGUGAUGGAGCUGCAUUACAACACAGACGGAAGCAUGCUGUUUUCAGCGAGCACAGACAAGACUGUGGGCGUGUGGGACAGUGAAACCGGAGAGAGGAUCAAGCGUCUGAAAGGCCACACCUCCUUCGUUAACACGUGCUACCCAGCUCGCAGAGGACCUCAGCUCGUCUGCACUGGCAGUGAUGACGGGACAGUGAAGCUGUGGGAUAUCCGUAAGAAAGGGGCGAUCCAUACUUUCCAGAACACCUACCAGGUGCUGGCUGUGACCUUUAACGACACCAGCGACCAGAUCCUGUCAGGAGGCAUCGACAAUGACAUCAAGGUGUGGGAUCUGAGGCAGAACAAGCUGAUCUACAACAUGCAUGGACACGGAGACUCAGUAACCGGGCUGAGUCUUAGCUCUGAGGGAUCGUACCUCCUCUCAAACUCCAUGGACAACACAGUUCGUAUUUGGGAUGUUCGACCGUUUGCACCCAAAGAGAGAUGUGUGAAGAUUUUCCAGGGCAACGUCCACAACUUUGAAAAGAAUCUGCUGAGGUGCUCCUGGUCGACUGACGGCAGUAAGAUAGCUGCAGGCUCCGCUGACAGGUUCGUGUACAUCUGGGACACUACAUCACGGAGGAUCCUGUACAAGCUGCCGGGCCACGCUGGCUCUGUCAAUGAAGUGUCCUUUCACCCAGAGGAGCCCGUAGUGCUGUCUGGCUCCAGUGAUAAACGCCUCUACAUGGGAGAGAUUCAGUAGUAUGAGUGAGUGAGUAACCCGGAUGAGUGUGUGUUUUUGAGUGUGUGUCCCGCCUGAAACAUGGAUGGGUGGUGUUCACUGGGUUAGGAGUCUGUAAUUUCACAUGCUUCAGCGUCAUCACAGAACGACCUCAGGAUGCGUGUUUGAAGUUUAUUCUGCCCCGGGUCAAAAAGGAAAAGAAAAACCUCCACAAUGACUGUUUUUUAAUUACGAUUUGUUUCUUUUUAAUAAACUUCACAAUUCUGUAAAAUAAAGUCUUUUUUGUCACUAA